AUGGAGAAGCUGGAACCCUUGCCAAACGUAACACGGAUGAGCGAGCACGUAGUCAGGGUAUUGGGGCAGAACCCGGGCAAGUUUACCCUGCAAGGAACCAAUACCUACAUCAUUGGGAAACAGAACCCGUAUAUCCUCAUUGACACUGCUGAAGGCCGCGAGGAGUACAUACCAGUGCUCGAAUCUACCUUUCGCGAAACCGCGAAGUACGUCUCCGACAUCGUCAUAUCGCAUUGGCACCAUGACCAUGUCUGUGGUCUUCCUGCAGUCUUAUCUCUCCUGCACUCGUAUACUCCAUCUCCAGACGGAUCCCCAUUCCACGACCUCUACGAUGAUCAAAUCUUAACAGCAGAGUCCUCACCAACGUCUACAGUGCGUGUGUUACACACCCCAGGACAUACAACCGACUCCAUCUGUCUGCACAUCCCACAAGACCGCGCCCUCUAUACAGCAGAUACCGUUCUCGGGCAAGGAACAACAGUAUUCGAGGAUCUUUCAACCUACCUUACAAGUUUAAACAAGAUGCUGCAAUUUGAUUCAGACUCUGAGUCGCCUUACGUCUCCCUUUAUCCUGGACACGGCCCCGUCGUUACCAACGGCCGUGAACUCAUUGCGACGUACAUCAAGCAUAGGCUCGAUCGCGAGGCCCAGGUUGUGCAGGUGCUUCAGUCCCCCGUUCCAUCUGGGCAGACAGAUUGGACCACAUGGUUGAUAGUCAAGACUUUAUACUCUGCAUAUCCGGAGUCCUUGUGGCUCCCUGCGGCGCAUGGUAUCAACUUACAUUUGAAGAAGUUAGAGGGCGAUGGAGUCGUAAGACGCUUGGGAGGGGAAGGAACAGAAAUCAGUUGGAAAUUGACUUCGAGAAGGUCAUCACCCAGCCUGUAA